AUGGCGUCGGUUCAAUACGCUCGCCAGACUGAACGAGUCAAUUUGCUUGAUGACGUUGACAGUGAUGGAGAUGACACAAAAACAGAAAGCAAUGGACACUUUUGGCCACGCGAUUUGGCAAACGCGAAUCAUGCUGAAACCGGACUGAUCGAUGAGGAAGGAAAGGUUCCAGGAUGCGUUGCUUCUGCCAACAAAUCGAUUAGAAUGGCAUUCUUGCGCAAAGUUCUCGGAAUUGUCUCGUUCCAGCUCAUCAUGACAAUUGGGAUCUGCACAGCGAUCUACAAUUUGCCCGACUCGAAAAACUUGGUGGCUCGACAGUAG